UGGUGCUUCUAUUUCCUUCCUCUUCCACCCACCUGCCAUUUACGGUCGGUCCCUGCCUCGCUCCUCCCCUUCCCCUCCUCCCGCCUCCACGCCAGUCUUUAUAACCCCCGCACCCGGGCAGGCGCCCCCCCUUCCCCAAUCAGACGGCUCGGCGAUUGGCCUCACGGCGAGCUAUCUAGGUCACGAGGAAUCCACUCCCGACUGCCGUUAGGCUGGCCGGCUGGCUUGUUGCCGCGGACAGCCUUGGCGAAUCACGGUCCUGAUAGGCGCCCCUCCUCCCGGCGAUGGGGGGUCGCAAUCGGCGAUGGCCGACGAAGCGCCACCACGACGCCUCUUCGAACCCUCGCCCCCCGCCUCCGUAUUCCGGAUACUGUCCAGGCUAAAGAAUGCCCUCAGAUACAGUCACGUGGAUAAUCAAUGCCAAGUCCCAUUAUGGGAAAGGGAAUUUUGCAGUCUUGUUGGUGGCAUUUCGUGGCAGAGGUUCUGCGAGAACAAGCACUUUGCCUAUAUGUACAAGGAGAUAGAGCAGUGGGAUGACUCGGGAGCUUUUGAGAAUUUCCAGAACGCAAAAUCAAGGUUCUGGUCUCAUUACCAUGGCCAACCUUCUGAUAUACCUUACCCCAACCCUGAUCUGUACAUUGAUGAGGUCGACCAUCGUUGCGAGGUCGACCCCGAGUUGGUAGCUGACCUGGACAAGGUGCGGGUACCCUUUGAGGCGGACAACGAGCCCGCCGUAGCUGCCAAUAACAGGUGUGCCCAGAACCAGUCAGGGAACUGGGACAUCUAUCUAGAAAAGCCGACCCCUGAGGUGAACAAGUGGGAGGCGGACAACUCGGCAUCCAACGCAGGUUGGGGAGCGAGUCAGGAGCCUCUGAGCAGCUGGAACAAAAUCAGCACCGGCUGGGGCGAGGCCCUGGCGGAGCCCGGUUGGGGCAGCUCAGGCAACAACCAUUGCCCAGGGAAUAACUGGAGCAGCUCCCAUGGAGUAUCCAGCAACAAUAACACAUACUACCAGGAUCCAGGCGGCGCAUAUGGCAGGAAAAGGAACAGUGGAGGCGGGUACUCCCAGCAGAGGAACAGCAAGCAGAGGAACCAGGCUGAGAGCCACCACCAGAGGGGCAGAUGGCAGGAUCACAGGGACAGGGGGAGGCAUGGCGAGCGGUUCCUGUUUGACAAUAGGCCAAAUGGGCAGCGAGCAGAGCGCGGCUUCUGAGUUGGUGGCGGUGAGUGUGCGAGAAACCGUGGAAAGGUUUUGGUUGUAUGAUAAAUGAUGCGCAUUUUCUAGUGUCUUUUGUGCGGAGCUGCAGCUUGUAAUGGUUGGAUGUUGCAACAACGCUUUACCUGUAAGGAGAUGUGUCAGGUUUUGUUGCUGCUCUUUGUGAUAUGUUCUGUUUUCUCU